UAUCUCACUAAACCCGGGGAAAUGCAUCAACUGUAAAGGAAAGUACGCCGGAAUUAUAAGAAUCGGUUAAUAAUGGUAAAAAGUUGCACCAACCUUCUACGCCGUACUCGGAACUUCGGAGGGAAUUGUGAGGUAAUUCCAAAUCGUCCCACUACGUGGGGUAAAUACAGCCACUAAAGUUCUCCAUAGUAAGGCUAUGGGGUAUCCUGCACCGACCCGGCGUCCCCAACAUCCGCUCCCCCCCCCCUUCCGAGGGGCAGCUGGCACCAUGUGAGGAUAUUGCUCCCUUCAAGCCCCUCCGGAGUCGGGCGUCAAUUUUCCAGCUAUAUAAGAGCGCGCGCCCCAGAUCAUUUUCAUUCCUUUUGCUCUUCCCUUUAACUCAAUUGCAAGCCAAUUUAGCCUAACUAACUUUUUACACACACACAGAUAUAUAUAUAAUGAAGGUCACAGUCUGCGGUGCUGCCGGUGGUAUCGGUCAACCACUUUCUCUUUUGCUCAAGCUUAACCCUAAGAUCACCCAGUUGUCACUCUACGAUGUCGUCAAUGCGCCAGGUGUCGGUGCUGACUUGUCUCACAUCUCCACCCCAGCUGAAACCAGCGCUUUCGUGCCAGGUGAUAAGAACGACGGUUUGGCUUUUUCCUUGAAGGGCUCCCAGAUAGUCAUCAUUCCAGCCGGUGUUCCAAGAAAGCCAGGUAUGACCAGAGACGAUUUGUUCAACAUCAACGCCGGGAUCGUCAAGACCUUAGCUGAGGGUGUCGCCGAAUACUGUCCAGACGCCUUCGUGCUCGUUAUCUCUAACCCAGUCAACUCCACCGUUCCAAUCUUUGCCUCUGUCUUGAAGGCCAAGGGUGUCUUUAACCCAAGAAAGGUUCUCGGUGUCACCACCUUGGACAUUGUCCGUGCUAACACUUUCAUCUCCACUUUGACCGACGCCAACGUCUCCAACAUCAACGUCCCAGUCAUCGGUGGCCACUCCGGUGAAACCAUUGUCCCAGUCUUCUCUGUCGGCACCCCAAGCUUGUACGCCAAGUUGGAUGCCGACGCCAAGGCCAAGCUCGUCCACAGAGUCCAGUUCGGUGGUGACGAAGUUGUCCAAGCGAAGAACGGUGCAGGCUCGGCCACUUUGUCUAUGGCCUACGCCGGUUACAAGUUGGCCGAACGCAUCAUUGAAGCCAUCACCGGUGCUUCCGAUGUCGUGGAGUGCACUUUCGUCUACUUGGACGAAAGCAUCGCUGGUGCUAAGGAGGCCAGGGCCAAGUUGGGCGGUGAGUUGGACUUUGUCUCCUUGCCAGUUAAAUUCGGCGCCAAGGGUGUCGAAGAGAUCAAGUACCAGAUCUUGGACCAGUUGAACGAUGAAGAAAAGGCCUUGUUUGAAAUCGCUAAGGUCACCUUGAAGGGUAACGUUGCCAAGGGCGUUUCGUUCGUUGAAAAAUAA